GCCGCGCACCCCCGCCCCGCGGGACCCGGACGCCGCGCUGCGCACCGGGCCUCCUCGCGGCUCGCACUUGUCCCUCCUUGUUUGAGUCAUGGAGCAACCAUUUGCCUGUGGCUUUCUAGAAGAUGACCAUAGAGGACCUUCCAGAUUUUCCAUUAGAAGGAAAUCCUUUGCUUGGAAGAUACCCAUUUUUAUUUCCAGGUUCUGAAACACCAGUUAUCUUUUCCAUUUCUGCAGCACCAAUGCCUUCAGACUGUGAGUUUUCUUUCUUUGAUCCUAAUGAUGCAUCAUGCCAGGAAAUUCUCUUUGAUCCCAAAACUUCAGUCUCAGAAUUAUUUGCCAUCUUAAGACAAUGGGUUCCUCAGGUCCAACAAAACAUUGACAUUAUUGGAAAUGAGAUUCUUAAAAGAGGUUGCAAUGUGAAUGACAGAGAUGGAUUGACGGAUAUGACUCUUUUACAUUAUACUUGCAAGUCUGGAGCUCAUGGUAUUGGUGAUGUUGAGACAGCUGUGAAAUUUGCAGCUCAGCUUAUUGAUCUAGGAGCAGAUGUUAGUUUGCGGAGUCGCUGGACAAAUAUGAAUGCUUUGCAUUAUGCUGCCUAUUUUGAUGUCCCCGAAGUUAUAAGAGUGAUUUUGAAGACAUCAAAACCAAAAGAUGUGGAUGCCACUUGCAGUGACUUUAAUUUUGGAACGGCUCUGCAUAUUGCAGCAUAUAACUUAUGUGCAGGUGCUGUAAAGUGCUUACUGGAGCAUGGAGCAAACCCUGCAUUUCGGAAUGACAAAGGACAGAUCCCUGCUGAUGUCGUUCCAGACCCAGUGGAUAUGCCGUUAGAAAUGGCUGACGCUGCAGCAGUUGCUAAGGAAGUCAAGCAGAUGCUGCUAGAUGUGGUGCCUGUGUCGUGCCUCUCCAAGGCCAUGCUCCCAAACUGUGACCCUGUGACUGGCAAGGCAGUGCUUUCAUCUCUUGGCCUGAAGUUGGGGGAUCGUGUUGUCAUUGCAGGACAGAAGGUGGGGACACUACGAUUUUGUGGAACAACGGAAUUUGCCAGUGGGCAGUGGGCUGGCAUUGAAUUAGACGAACCAGAAGGAAAAAACAAUGGAAGCGUUGGAAAAGUCCAGUACUUUAAAUGUGCCCCCAAAUAUGGUAUUUUUGCCCCUCUUUCAAAGAUAAGUAAAGCAAAAGAACGGAAGAAGAAUAUAACACAUCCCCCUUCUUCAAAAACCGUACCUCCCAGCAAGCCCCAGAAAGUCAGCAUAACUCAUGUCACGUCAAAAGUGAACACUGGAUUGAUGGCAUCAAAAAAGGAUAGUGUGUCUGAAUCAGCACUUUCAGUGCCUCCUAGUGAAGAAUUGAAAACGGUAGCAGAGAAAGACGCCACCCUGCGCGGAUCCAUCAGCAGCUCGUCCUCGACAUCUUCCUUGGAGCAUAAGCAGAGCUACUCGAAGAAACCAAACGCAAGCAGCAGUAGCAAGAAGACCGCGAGCAAAAGCCCUUCUCUGUCAUCCAGAGCCAGUGCUGGUUUGAAUUCCUCAGCAACAUCUAUAGCAAAUAAUGCCCAUCGUGAAGGAGAGCUCCACCUUGGAGACAGAGUAUUGGUGGUAGGCCAGAGAGUUGGCACUAUUAAGUUCUUUGGGACAACAAAUUUUGCUCCAGGAUAUUGGUACGGUAUUGAGCUUGAAAAACCCCAUGGCAAGAACGACGGUUCAGUUGGAGGUGUGCAGUAUUUUAGUUGUUCUCCGAGAUAUGGAAUAUUUGCUCCCCCAUCCAGGGUGCAGAGACUAACAGAUUCCCUGGAUACCCUUUCAGAAAUUUCUUCCAACAAACAGAAUCAUUCUUAUCCUGGUUUUAGGAGAAGUUUUAGCACAACUUCUGCUUCUUCCCAAAAAGAGAUUAACAGGAGAAAUGCUUAUGCCAAGUCAAGGACUGUCUUGCGCCGCAGCUGGAGCAGCGCCACCACUGCAGGGGGCCUUGAGGGGAGCGUGAAGCUGCAUGAGGGCUCUCAGGUCUUGCUCACGAGCUCUAACGAGAUGGGUACUGUUAGGUAUGUGGGCCCCACGGACUUUGCGUCGGGCAUCUGGCUUGGACUGGAGCUCCGAAGCGCCAAGGGGAGAAACGAUGGCGCUGUGGGUGAUAAGCGCUACUUCACCUGUAAACCGAACCAUGGAGUUUUGGUUAGACCAAGCAGAGUGACCUAUCGGGGAAUUAAUGGGUCAAAGCUCGUGGAUGACAGUUGUUGAGUUAAAGUUACAAAUUAUCCAAUGAGCACUCUCUGUGCACUCUGCCUGUCUCUUUGUCUCUGUCUGUCUCUGUCUGUCUCUAUCUCUGUCUCUCAUAUAGUAUAAAAUAGAGUCCAUGGCAAAUGGUUUAUUUAGCCAUUAUUUAAAAUUUGAAAAUGCAGUAUAGUUGUCUUCACAAAAACCAUUGUAACAGUUCAGAGAGAUACCUUUAAAAGGACACAAUUCUGAACUCUGGGAAUCAUGGUUCUCUUAAAAACAAUUUCAAAAUAAGCAAAUUUUUGAAGCUUUUGAAGCUUGAGUUCCCAAGAAAAUUCUGGGACUCAAAACAAAAGUGCCAUUAGGUGAUUAACUGAUGCAUUACUUUGCUCAUUGUGUUUCAUUUUUGCACAUAAUGUAUUUUUCAUAGUGCCAUAAUUGUAAGAUUUUUUUUGAUCAGCUUUGGUGAACAUAAUGUUCGCAUGACCUCUUUCUGUUGUGUUGUUUAAUUUUUCUUUGUUUUAUUGCUAAUAGGUACCUUAAGAGCAUUAAGUAGGUACAUGACUAGGGUAUUUUUAAUAUUUUUUGGUAAAAUCACUUACCAUUUCGGGAAUGGCUCAUGUGAAGACACAUCAGCACGUGGGAGGUGAAUGUGUUCUGCAGAUAUCUGGCUCUGCCACUGGCCCUGGCCAAAUAAGGAAAUGGUGUCUGUCUUAAGCAGGGCCAAUAACUAGUCGGUUGGCAGAGCUAAGAAUGAAUGUUUCCUGACUUGUGGCUCCGUGUUCUUUCCUCUGUACAAAGUGUGUAAUCUGAGAUUUUUCUCCUUCUGCUUACCUGCCUCAUCUGUAUUAUAUGAACUACAAAAAGCCCCACCAUUAAGGUUUACAAAUUCAAGUCAGAAUUUUUGCACAUACAUAUUUAACUUCUUUAUUGGACAUAUUUGUAACGCAGCACUUUCAAAACAUGAUGCACUUUCAUAUUUGUGGAGAAUUUGCCAUCCUUUCCUCCUGGAAUUUGAAAAGCAUUUUUUAAAAAAAUGUAUUUAACAGAAAAGAACAAAUUAAGAUGUGUUGGGAAGGGUGCAUUAGGUACUUGUGUAGAUGUGUGUGGUUCCCGGACUUUUUGUUCUGUGACUCACGCACGUGGUGUUGUGUUUGCUGCAGCUGAUGUUGUGUGUUUCCAGGGGCUGCUGAAGCCAGCCUGUUACAAAGCCACUAAGCAGGAUUGUUGUCAUCGCCCUUCCUGAACAUUUGUUAAAGCAAACUUCAUGAUAGAGUUGUGUGAUAAUGACAUGUGUUUGUCUUGUGGAAAUGUACUGAAGUUUCUGUCCUGUAUAUGUAAAGAUUUAUCUUUUCUUGUAAAUAUUUAGACUUUACCACAGAAAUAUUGGAAGAGUUUGCUUUAUAAGACUAAAAGUAUACUUCAGAAUGGAGCUUGCUUUGUGCUUAGAAAUAUAUGCUAAGCUAUUUUGCAAUAUACUAUUUUAACUCUAAAUUAUGUCACUCCGUUGCCUUUUUUUAAAGUGUGGUAUUUCACAUACUGCUGAAGUUAUUUUCCUGAAGUACAUUUGCAAAAUAAGGCUGCUUUGUAAUCAAGGAAUAUUUUUAUUGAUUGAAGAAAAUGACUGUGCUGUAAUUAAAAAGUAAACUUAUUUUAUUAUAUAAAUUAUUUCUUAAAAACUAUUUAUACCUUAACAUGGAAUCCAUGAGUAUACUGAUCUUGAGUGUCCAUGAUUUUUUCUGUUAAAUAUGAAAUACUAUAAGUUAAAAGCAGUUGUGGCAACUGAAUUUAUUUUUGAGGUCAAGGAACUAACUGUUCUCUUCAUAUUUAGAUUAGGAUUAUUAAAGCCAUAUAGUGCUUAUGUUUCAUAUAUUAUACAUACAGAUUAGAUGUUUUCAUCUGUGUUUUGCCUAUUAAAUGUCAUUUGAAGUUCAUUUCUGAGCAUUAAUAAAAAGGGAAGCUGUUUGGUUUGGAA